UUUUGGGUUUUAUCUAAUCUGACACCAUCGGUUCUGUCUUGGCUCAUCCGCUCCCUGCCUUGGGCUGUGUUUACUCUCUCUGUGAGUUCCUACUUCCUAACCAAGCAGGCGGAAUCCGUUUCAUCCAUCUCUCUCCCUCUCAGGCAGUAGUGAGUCGGUGAGCAGUGUGAGGAGGGCUUCGAUGGCGUUACCAGUCGUUGACACGGAGUACCUAAAGGAAGUCGACAAGGCUCGUCGCGAUCUCCGUGCCCUCAUCGCCUCCAGGCACUGCGCUCCCAUCAUGCUUCGCUUGGCGUACUCUCUCUCUCUCCCUCCCUGUUUGUUUCUCGUAAAUUGAGAUAUAAGAAACGCAGAAAAAAUUAAACAUAGUAAUAUAUAACUUUUUUAGCUUAGUUGAAGGCCAAAAACGAAGUGGAAACACGAUAAGUGGUAUAUUUAGUUUUACUUAUAUUUUUUAUGUUUUGUAAUAUUAUAUAGUAAUCGACUAACGUAAAAACAGAAAAGAUAAAAGGGUAUUUGGCGUAGUUGUUGAAUCAAUAACCGGUUUUUUUUCUUUUCCAUUGAUCUUUUACAAUUUCUAAGCAACGAGAUAGACAGUUAAUCUUGUCAUUAUUUAUAUUUUGAUUUUUAACUCUUUCAUUUGGAUAAAGAAAAUGUAUGUAACUUUUAGCAAAUAAUCGUGUUUAGCAAUUUUUAGUUUGUCAUGUGUGUUAAAUAUUGAUUAACUUUCCUCAAAGUUUGCGGACAAUUGAUAAUUCAUGAUAGUAUUGGCGGAGGUGGUUCCAAGUUCGAAUCAUAUCUCUCACUUGUUGGUUUCAUUCAAUUUUUUGGUACUAGUGAAUAAUAAUUAUCAGUAUGUGUAUUUUUUCUUUCUUUCUAGGUGGCAUGAUGCCGGCACACAUGAUGUGAAAACUAAAACAGGUGGACCGAAUGGUUCGAUUAGGAAUGCUGAAGAAUAUAGUCAUGGUUCUAACAAUGGCUUGAAAAAAGCCAUUGAUUGGUGCGAGGAAGUGAAGUCUAAGCAUCCCAAGAUUACAUAUGCAGACCUAUACCAGCUUGCCGGUGUUGUUGCCGUUGAGGUUACUGGAGGCCCAACCAUUGACUUUGUUCCUGGCAGAAAGGACUCGAAUGUUUGUCCCAAGGAAGGGCGACUUCCAGAUGCUAAGCAAGGUCUGCCCGGCAGUGCACCACAUCUCAGGGAUAUCUUUUAUCGGAUGGGUCUGUCUGACGAGGAUAUUGUUGCUCUGUCUGGGGGCCACACUUUGGGAAGGGCACAUCCAGAGAGAUCUGGUUUUGAUGGUCCUUGGGCUAAGGAACCUCUUAAGUUUGAUAACUCAUACUUUGUGGAACUUUUGGAGGGGGAAUCAGAGGGUCUGUUGCAACUUCCAACGGACAAGGCUUUAGUGGAUGAUCCUAAUUUCCGUCAUUAUGUGGAGCUGUAUGCAAAGGACGAGGACGCAUUCUUUAGAGAUUAUGCAGAAUCGCAUAAGAAACUAUCAGAGCUUGGGUUUGCUCCAAGUUCCUCUGGAUCAAAGGUAAUUUCAAAGCAGAGCAGCAUAGUGGCGCAAAGUGCUGUAGGAGUUGCGGUUGCUGCUGCUGUGGUGAUCUUGAGCUACUUUUACGAAGUUCACAAGAAUAUUAAAUGAACAUGGCUUAUUUGAUCAAAUCUCAAAUAUCUCUGUUACUACUACCCUUAUGAUUCUAUAGCACUGAGCUCAUUUUUGCUUACACAUGCAACACAAAAAAGCUACAAUGUUCUUGUCUUUAUGUGCCAAUAAAACGGGUCAGAGCAGUAGAGCUUUACUAAA